AUGCUAUUCAACAACAGCCUAUACGGCAGCCUGCCACCCACCCUCUGGAACCCCACCAAGCUGACCUUUGUCGAGGUAUCCUCCAACUACUUGAACGGGUCGGUCCCUCAGCCUCCUGCCGGCCGCUCCGCUCAAUUCAGCCACAGCAGCAACUGCCUGGAACAGACUCCCUCCCAGCGCCCCACAGACCAGUGCUCGCGCUUCUAUUCCAACGUGCCCGCUCUCAUACAAUCUGGUACCCCUUCCCCCUCCCUCACUCUCCUUGGCACUGCUGCUCGCGCUUCUACUCCAACCUGCCCGCUCUCAUGCAAUCCGGUAGCAAUCCCCUUCCCCUCCCCACCGCUCUCCCCCCCCACAUUCCCCCUCUCCCCUUUUCCAUCUCUCCUCUCUCCCCUCAUUGCUUUCACAGUGCAACGUUGCUCCCAUGGCACCUUUUAUACAUCUCCAAGGGUACUCAUGUUUCUCGCUCAGCCAUUUCACUUGGACUCGCCAUGUGCCAUGCAUCACGUGCCAUACAUCAUGCAUCACGCGCACCAUACACCAUGCACCAUACACCAUGCACCAUAA